GUGCAGAUCAAGUUUGCUCCGGCUCCAGAGCCGCCGCGGAAAAUUGGGCCACAGGCUCUGGAGCAGAAGGACAAGAAACAGAAGAAAGAAAAAAAAGAACACAAACGUCACGCCAGUGCGCAUGGCCGGCCCAGCGGCGGUCCGGGAGGCUACGAUCAAGGCCGCAGAGGUCAAGGUGGACAAGGAGGUCGUGGUUGGACUCCAGCCUAUAGUUCUGGUGGCUAUGGGGCAGGGUCGAAUGCACACAACCCUUAUGAAGUUCAGAUGCCUAGGUUCUUGGAGGCCAUCACAGACGCAACCCAUGCUGAAGAUCAAUCCAUCAUCGUGGUGGAUAAAAGGGACGAUCGCAUUGUGUCGCCGUUCCAGUCGUGGUUGGUCUCCGAGAUCAUGAGCAAUGCGGCCAGCUCAAUCAACGUCAUGACCGAGCGUGAUCAGGUCAUGCCACCCAACUCGGGGUUCCAUGUGGCUCUCUUCGGCAACUACACCUUGGAUGGUAUCAAGGUGGUGAUCGCCAUCUCGAUCGAGAGCAACACUGGCAAUCCUUGCGCUGGGUGGGACGAGAGCACAGCUCGUGCACUUUCACACCCGGCCUUCCAGCCUUUUUCAUGGCCCAUGUUGAGAGACACGUCGGCAUCUUACGCUGAUGUGAAGGUCUACAACGGCAAUGAAAUUUUGUUCCAUUGGAUUCUCAGGGGCUAUCGCUCCGACACCGACUUGACUGUGCAGCAGCAGUUCGUGGACGAGCUCUUUGUCCGAGAAGCCAAUCAGGGCAAGACCCGGCUCUCCGUGGUGAUCGCCGUCUUCAUUGGAUGGAGGGUCUCCAUCCUAAGCUUUGAGUGUGGAGGGCGAACUUACUCAGUUGGUCCUGGAGGAGCGGUCGUUGCUGGUGAUUCAGCUCGCUCGAGGUUUGAGCUCCGAGUGUGCAACAGAUCCUCCAGUGAUGCAGUGGGCAACGAUGCAGAUCGCCUCGAGUUCCGCUACCGGGAUGCCAACAAUCGCAUCGACUUGAAGUGCUCGAGAACUUCUGUGCCUGGCACGUGGCUCACGGUGUCACACAUUUCAGGGCCCACUCUGAUCAGGACCAUCACUUCGGUCCGUGAGAACAGAGCCAGAGUAGAAGGUCCGGAACAGACAGAGCAGUUCGCUCAGCUGGCAGCCAUCCAUGAAGGCUGGUGGUCAAGCUCCGUUGCCAGGUCGAAGCUGUUGGAGAGGGAGUCUGAGAUCGUCCCCAGCGCAGCUCUCGCAGAAAUGCAGCAUGCCACAUCAACACCAGCUCCAUCAGGGCCUCCAGCUCUGACAGCGGGCGCAUGGCUAUCUGGUCAGGCUGAGAUGACGGACGUUCCAAGCAGUUCACAUGGUGAGGGCACUUUGGUCUCCGUGAACAAGCAGAUGGGGCUUGAGCUCGACGAGCGAUCGCUCCAGGUUCGACAUACCAACCAAGGAGAAGGAGGCCAUGCUGUCAACGAUGAUCGUGAUCGUGCCAGGAUGGAUCGAAGGUUUGCAAGGUCCACAUCCUUGCUCACACCUCAGAUCUUCGCAGAGACGAUGGCCAAUCGUGUGUACAACACUUCCGCGGCCACGAUCGAGGAGGUGGAGCCUGAACCCAAGGGGGCGGCGGUUCAUCCGUCGAGGGUGCCUGACAGCACCCCCGCGCCCGUGUUCACAGCGCCGGCUGAGACGGUUCAGAACACCACUCCAAGCUCUACACCGGCGGCAUUGAAGCCAGCGACGCCGGGAUCAGCGAGAUCCUCAGAUCUGCGCGCUGUUGCCUGGGAGAUCGCAACGGGACCUCAGUUUUUGUGUCUCCCGAUUUUUGAUGACACUUUUCGAUCAGUCCUCAAAGAAGUGGGACUCGAUCGAGUUGAGUUUUGGCUCGCCAUGUCAGAUGAUGAUGCUGCAUCUCCCGAUGAAAAGUUCUCAUCUUUCUUACCGGCUCUGACCGCCGAUGACCAGGUGAUCAACGCGGCUCUGCUGCGGCUGGACAUGGUCAACCUGCUGGCAGACAUGGUGUCCCGCUCAGCUAAGCGGGUGCAGGAGGAGAUAGCCACUGAUCUUGGCUACGGGUCAGCUGAGCCGCCGCGGACUGGUGGCAAGCGCUCGCUGGACCACGUGGUGCACCGGGCUCCCGUGCCUUUGCAGGUCGGUAAGAAGCCAGGAGGUGCUGGCUCUACGGAAGUCAUCCCAUCUAUCCAGGACUCCGAGAAUUUGGAGCGGAAGAGGUGGGGCCUGCGGCUCAAACAGAUCUGUGAGCGCGCUGGGGCCAGCGCAGGCGUGAAUGAUCCCUCACGUUGCAUUGGUCUGGCACCGGCUGAGGCAGAUCGUCCCAAGCAGUUAGCUUUUGAAGCAGGCGGCUUCAGAACGAUCAGGCAGAACGUGAGGCAUUGGGAGAAGUUCGACGAGUGGGCGACUUCUCACGGUCUUCGGGUUUACCCGCCCACGAUCGUCGCAGUGAUGCGCUGCGCUCUGCAUUUGAAGGAUCAGGGUUGCGGGCCGGCAGUGCUCCCAUCGUUCAAAUAUGCGGUGGGCUGGAUCUGCAAGCGCCUGGCGAUGUUUUGCCCCGAUCUGGGCGAAGCGCGCCUCAAGGCUGUGAUCGACCAGGUGCACCUUGAGAAGGGCAAGGAGCUCAAAGAGGCCGUUCCACUGCCGCCGCAGUUGGUGCUGGCUCUGGAAGCUUUGGUCCCCCGGCUCGUGAACCAGGGCAAGACCGCCGCCGCGAUCACGGCAUGGUGGGCCCUCAUUUUGAUCUAUGCAUCCCUCAGGUUCGAUGAUGGCGUACACGUUGCUCCAUCGUCCCUGGUAAUGUCAGGUGAUGCCCUGCUCGGCGUGGUUUGGCAAACCAAGGUUGAGCGGAAGAGGAGAGGCACACGGUUCGCUGUGCCGAAUUGCUCCCUCUCCGGAAUUGAGUGGCUGAAGAUCGGUUGGGAUCUUUUUCAACCGAUGAUUUCUGACAGGGAUUAUUUUAUAUGGGAGCUCAAGAAUGAGAAGGAGUUCACUGAGGCCCCCAUCACCUACUCUCGUAGUCUAUCCUGGCUGAAAAGUUUCUUUUUGCUGGGUCUCAUGGAGGCGAAGGUGUUGAACCUCGUUCAGCUCAACGAACUGGAGACGGCUGAAAAGGCGGUGCAAGAGAUCACAUGGCACUCGAUGAGGGUGACCAUGCUCUCAGAGGCCGUCAAAGCUCAGGUCGACGACAAGAUCGUGGGCUUGCAAGCCAAUUGGAAAGACCCCAAGCAGCUGGUGCUCAAGUAUGCCAGAAGCCGCAAGGAGCUCUCAGUGGCGAUGGUUAAAGACAUGGCCUCGAAGCUCCGCGAAGACUGGGUUCCUGAUUCCAAACAGUUCGUGAUCGAAGAGGAGGACGAGGAGGUUCAAGGUCUUUUUCCUUUCGCCAGCAUGGUCGAUCGCACGGUGUAUGCCGAUGAGGCGCACACACCGAAGAUCGCCCUUCGCCAGAUCUUUGGCAGGCUGGGGCUGAGCUCAGAUUUGUGCAGGGCAUCGGCGGACGCCGGGCUCUUAUCCGUUGAAGUUUUCGCCAUGCUCGGCGAUGCGGCAGGUCCUGUGAAAACGUCUCUCCAGACAUUGCUUCCAACUGAUGCUCUUGGGGCGAACGCCGCUGCACAGGAGCUAUCGCUGAUGCAGCUGGCAGCCGUGGGGCAUUCAUGUCAUGCGCUGCAAGGCCAGUUCGCCACGAGAAGAGCUCAAAUGGAGGACCCGAACAAGGUUCCCGAGAUGGCCCAAGAAGACCACGCGGAAUUCCGCUCCAGGUUCGUGACGGCUCACCCCGACGUGAUCCUCCUGGAUGCCAAGGAGCCGCACAAGAAGUUCGUUGAGAAGCUCAGCAGAGAUUUCCUUGUUCACGGCAUGGUUCCAUUUUAUGCCGUGGCAGAGAUCCGCACCAGGGCAGAUAGCAUUGUUCAGAAGUCAGGUCUGUCAAAGAACGCUGAGGAUCUCUUGACGAUAUCCAAAGCCGAAGAACCUGAUCAGGUGACAGACGUGCAGACCCUGCUACAUCGAGUUCAUGCGCUGUUUAUAGCUCUGGAGUUUUUGAACAUUUGCACGUAUUCACGUGCUGCAGGGCCUUUGAAAUACAUGCAGGAGCUCGAGCAGUUCAAAGCAGAGUGCCCAGGUCUUCCUUAUCUCCUGGCAGCCGACUCGCUGGUCCGCAAGAAAGUGCACCGGCUCCAGGCUGAACAACGCGAGCUCUACAGCACUUUUGAAGCCGCGCUCUUGGAGGUCCUCAACAACCACAAGUACCUUUGGAACGAUGCUCGCACAAAGGCAGUCCUGGCGAAGGUUGAUCACAAGAAACCUGAACCACAUGAUCCCCAAGAUCGUGUGGUGGAGAGCCAGGACAAGCCUUCCACCCCAAGCCGCCGCCAGCGCAAGCGGCGCAACAAGAAGGGUGGUGCGGUCGACACCAAAGACAUCAAGCAGGUGAAGAAAGAUCAGUUCGAUAAGAAAAAGGACUCCAAGAUCGACAAAGACAAGCGGAUCCCCGAGUCCGAAUGGAAGCUCAUCUCUCAGGCAGCCUCCUCGGUCUCAGGGCCCAAGCGGUGCCAUUAUUUCAACUCUUCAAUGGGCUGCGCUCUGGCAGAGAAAUGCCGGUUCAAACACCAUUGCAUGGUCUGCGGUGCUGCUCACCCGAUGGUGGGCAAUCAUUGA